ACUAGGGCUACUCAAUCCACCACAUACUAGUAGUACUACUUUUUGAACAUGCCCACACCUCAGACUGUAUCCGAUCCCCGCUCUCUGCGGGGAUUGUAUCUCAAUGAAGUCCAUCAGUCUCGGGUUAACACCAACCAGGACUCCACGCCUCCUUUUCGUCAGGCAAAGCUUGCUUUAUUACACCCUCUCAGCAAAGCAGAUAUACUCGAAUCAUGCCGUUGCCGAACAAACCCACCCACAGAUCCUCAACUAUGCCGUUACACCUGCGAUAGAUUUCGACACGAAUUCCUCAACCUCCAUCCACUAGGUAAGAUGUGGAGGGAGGAGCUGAUGAAGAUCCCGCCCUUAUCCCAUCUCAUAUUUGAUCUCACGUUACCCCCAAAUGCUCCCAAUGACAACAACACCGAGCCCCCAAGCCGAUGGAUCUACUGGGAUAUAUCUAUGCCCCAGGAAUCCAGUCUUGGUAUUCAUGACAAAGAAGUCAUGAAUAUUGUCAAGACGAUUGCUUUAACGACGAGGAUACGGACGAAGAGUGGUAAUGUCUCUUUUGAUGUUGUUUAUGACCCGACUGAUGGGGCACCUGUUAAAACUAUGAAGGCUCUGCUACAGCAGCUUGGGGAACUGAGUACCGCUACCUCUCCUUCGAGUAGUUCUCCCCAGGGUGGGGAUAUUGAGACUCGACAGAACUGAAAGACCUCGAAGUAAAUGGUCAAAUACUGAUCAGUGUCGGGCUUGUUUGAUCCUAGAUGGCAUGCAGAACAGUUCAAGAUAGUCAAGAAAGGAACGGGGACAGUGAUUAAUACCUGAUACGCCAAGUCUAGUAUAGUAUCAUAUGGACUAGAGAUUCACAAACCGCAGAACAAAAUAAUGAAAUCCAG